GGGUCUCGGUCCCCCUCCGAAUGCAACACCGCCCCCUGGCGGGCGGCCGCGUGCUCGCACAGGUGGCGGCUCCCGGGCAUGGGCAACAGCGAGUCCCCAUCACCACGCUGGGCACGUGUGGGGACGCGAGAUGAGGCCGGGGACUUUGGGCCCCGAUUCAGAGAACGCGGGGCUUCCCAAAGGGCACGGAGGCCGCCCCCGCCCCCGGUGGGCACGAAGCGAGCGGCCCGGGCUCCAGCCACGCGCUUCCGUCCUGGUCCCCAGCCCUGUAUAAAGAGCAGCCUGCGCGCGGGCGGCCACCCCAUCCGGGCCGCGGACGGGCAGGCGGGCAGCAGGGCGGCCCCUGAGAGGUGCACCGGAUCACCACCUGGGAAGAUGUGGUCCUGCCUGGUGCCUGGGCUGGCCCUCUGCCUCCUGCUGGGACCCCUGGCAGGGGCCAGGCCGCUGCAGGAGCAGGAAGACCCCUACGCAGAGCCGCCGGCCAUGCCCUACUGGCCGUUCUCCACGUCGGACUUCUGGAACUACGUGCAGCAGCUGCAGGCCCUGGGCGCCUACCCCCAGCUCGAGGACCUGGCGCGCACCUUCUUCGCACACUUCCCCCUGGGCACCACCCUGGGCUUCCACGUCCCCUACCAGGAGGACUGAGCCCUGGCCGGCACUGUCCACCUCCCGGGGCGCGGGAUCCCUCCACGGGGCUGGGCCCAGCCUCGCACCCAAUAAAGUCCUACCGGGAGAACGUGAGCGCGCCAGGGCUUGCUUUCCAGAUGCAGCUGCGCUCCGGUGCCACGCACGAAGCCCUUGACCAGGGCGCCCGGCUGGCGGUGUGGCCCAGAGGCAGGGGGCGGCAGCCUCCCCAGGGUUGAGGCAAGGACACCUGGCAGCA